AUGGCCCUAGAAGCUGCAUCUUCGCCCACAAGAGGGCUGAUCUCCUGCCGAGUGCAGCCAUGGAGGACCUUAACGGAGUCAACGUCGGGCAUCACCGCGAGAGUUGCAAAGAACAACUCAGCUUCGUUUCUCGGUUUGGUGCAGUGUUCUGCCGGGUUGCUUUUGUUUCCUGUUCGCCGUGCUCACCGACAAUACCGUCGAACAAGACACAUCCAAGCUGCUACGGACACCACAGCAUUGUCACCGCUUCAGAGAUUGUCCAGGUCGUUGAGGUUUUAUUCAACGAUCCUUCCAGUGUUGGGCCAGUACGUCGUCCGUCCAUGGUUACACAGCAUAGGCUUGGAGGAGAAAACUGGCGAAGAGCUGACCCAGGAAAUGGAUGAUUGGGGUUCCAAGAAGCUUCAAGAGACACUGCUGGAUCUUGGUGGCUUCUACGUGAAGACUGGGCAGGUACUCUCCACGCGCGUCGAUCUUUUCUCCAAGCCGUACACGGAUCGUUUGCGAGUUCUGCAGGACAGUUUGCCUCCUGUGGAUGCGACAGAGAUACGUGACAUUGUUUCCAAGGAGCUCUGCGGAGGAGGUGGACUCUCUGAGCUCCUGAGAAACUUUGACGACAAGCCCUUGGGCACGGCUUCAAUCGCCCAGGUUCACAGAGCUGUUCUCAAUGACGGAAGGGAGGUGGCCAUCAAAGUCUUGAGACCAAACAUGGAACCUGUCCUUCGAGGCGACAUCGCCAACCUCAAAGUCUUUGCUCUGGCUGCGCGUGGGAGGCUUCCGGUCGACUACUACCCGGUGUUCUGUGAGCUGGAGCGAGCCUUGGAUGGCGAACUAGAUUUCCUGAACGAAGCUCAAAGUGCGAUGAAGGUGGCUGCUUCCAUCAGGCACGAUCCUCUUGGGCGUGAGCUGGCCUCGCCAUUGGUGGUGCCGCAGCCGAUACCGGGCAUGGCGACCAGGAGGGUGCUAGUCAUGGACUUCAUCAAGGGCACGCCGCUGUCAAAGCUCGAAGAGAGGGCGAAGGAGCUUGGGAUUGAUCUGGGCAGCAAAGCAGGGAAGGUGCUGGGUGGCCAAAUCUUAGAGGCCCUGACUACAGCAUACGGCAACAUGAUUUUUUCUUCUGGGUUCAUUCAUGGAGAUCCACAUCCCGGGAACAUCUUCGUGAUGGAAGGUGGAAGGGUUGCGCUAAUCGACUGUGGUCAGGUGUGCCAGCUGUACCGGGAGCAGCGGCUUCUGGUAGCAGAGGCGAUUCUAGCCGCAGCUGCCUAUGAUGGCAGUCGAAGCAUGAUCCAGACUUUAGCCAACUGCGUUCGCAACUUUGGAGUCACGUUUUUUCAAGGCCAAGAGGACGAAGAUGCCUGUGCAGCAAGCGUCGCCCUGUACUUGUUUGGCGAUAAGGAUGUGGAGUUCCCGGGCGGAUAUUCCAAGGAGGAAUUCAACGAGAAGAGUCCGCUGCGCCAGCUGCGUUCGUUCCCAACGGAGCUGGUGCUUCUGGGAAGAGCGUCAGUCUUGGUGAAGGGGGUGGCCGCACGGCUCGGUGUUGAGUGGAGUGUGGCCAAGAAGUGGGAGCCGUUGGCGAGGGACUCAAUCGUCGCUACCUGCGACGAGGAUGACUGUCGCUUGCCAGCUUGGGCUUUGCCCAGUGCGGUGCAUGGUGACGCUUCCGCUGGCUCCGAGCGUUUGCGGCUGGGAGAUGCAGCCAAAGGAUGUGCUGCGCUGAUUCGCCGUUGGGGAAUGGAGAAGGCAGCCAGCAUGUUUGCGGCUCGCCGGAGGGAGAUGGCCAAGGAGACGGGUGGAAGCCCAGAGUGA